UUUUCAUGCCCUCUCACUAAGAGUUUCAUAGAGAAGCAACAAUGGUGAUAUGUAGGACACAAUAUUUUGCAGCAUUCUCGACCAUUCUACUUUUGAUGCUAUCUCAGUUGGUUAGCUCGAAGAACUCAACAAUGGCAGAUGGGUUAGAAGAUAAAGCUAAAUCCCAGAAUGAGCAAGCAGUUCAAGAUCCAGAAAUGGUUACUUCAAUGGUGGACAUGAUGAUUCACAAUAGCACCGAAAGAAGGAAGCUUGGAUUCUUCUCAUGCGGGACAGGUAAUCCAAUCGAUGAUUGUUGGAGAUGCGAUCCCAACUGGGAACGCCAUCGCAAACGUCUAUCUGAUUGUGCCAUAGGGUUCGGUCGCAACUCUGUGGGUGGUCGCGAUGGAAAAUACUAUAUUGUCACAAACUCAGAAGAUGAUGAUCCGGUUAACCCUAUACCCGGAACACUUCGCCAUGCUGUGAUCCAAGAUAAACCCUUAUGGAUUAUAUUUAAACGCGACAUGGUUAUUAAUCUUAAGCAAGAAUUAAUAAUGAAUAGUUUCAAGACAAUAGAUGGAAGGGGAUUCAAUGUUCAUAUUGCCAAUGGAGCUUGUAUAACCAUUCAAUACAUUACAAAUGUUAUAAUUCAUGGUCUUCAUAUACAUGAUUGUAAACCGACUGGCAACACCAUGGUUCGUAACUCGCCUAGCCAUUAUGGGUGGAGGACGAUGGCGGAUGGUGAUGGGAUAUCUAUUUUUGGGUCGAGUCAUGUUUGGAUUGAUCACAAUUCUCUCUCGAAUUGUGCUGAUGGACUUAUCGAUGCUAUUAUGGGAUCAACCGCCAUUACGAUUUCUAACAAUUAUUUUACUCACCAUAAUGAGGUGAUACUAUUAGGUCAUAGUGAUUCCUACACGAGGGACAAGAUUAUGCAGGUGACCAUUGCUUAUAACCAUUUUGGAGAAGGACUUAUCCAAAGAAUGCCAAGGUGUAGACAUGGAUAUUUUCAUGUGGUGAACAAUGACUACACCCAUUGGAAAAUGUAUGCCAUUGGUGGCAGCGCUCAACCUACUAUCAACAGUCAAGGGAACCGCUUUCUUGCUCCUUUGAACCCUAAUGCUAAAGAGGUGACAAAGAGAAUUGAUCAUGAUAAGCAUGUGUGGAAGAAAUGGAACUGGAGAUCUGAAGGAGACCUCUUGUUGAAUGGGGCUUUCUUUACACCAUCAGGAGCCGGAGCUGCAGCCAGCUAUGCUAGGGCCUCUAGCUUGGGGGCUAAGUCCUCUUCUUUGAUAUCCACACUUACUUCUCAAUCUGGUGCUCUUUUAUGUCGCAAAGGCUUAUUAUGUUAAAUGAUCUUACUCGAAGUUAUCAUGAUUCCAAUCGAAGACAUACAUAUUUAACUAUUAUUUAUCUCUCAAAUAGAUUUUUCUAUUUAUCUUGUUCAUUAAUUCGCCACAACGAGUAUAUUUGCCCAAUUCAAUUAUGGGGUUUCCCAUGUAACAAACACCGUAUUCAAAUUUA